AUUGAAUGACAACACGGCGUGCAGAAGCUCGGACAGGAGCGGGAUUUUAAAGUGGAUCCUCAGGGACAACUUUUCACCACGAGCACUCGUUUGAUUCACGCUGCUCCUCGGAGAAGGACGUGUCGCAGUAACAUUUAUUCGGACUUUGGAAGCGCGCCGCUGGAAGUUUUACCCUACGCACUUCACAGCACAGUACACAGUGUGGUGAGGUGGACUUCUUACUAGCAGAGAAUGGCAAAGAUGCAGCGAUUCGCACCCAUGAGGUUGAACUUAACUCCCGGUUUCAGUCGCAGAAGUAGCGCCGAAAGUUUGCAGCUCCUGGGGGCGCAGCAGGUGAGCAGCGGGGCAUGAGAUCCGGACUGCAGCUCGAGCACAGGCUGUACUGUAAUGUAACGGAAGGCGAUGUGAAAUGGUCCCGACUUGUCCCAGAAGCUGGGAGGACAUAACUUGAGAGGAGCGUGUGUGUGUGUGUGUGUGUGUUUUUUUUUUGUUUUGUUUUGUUUUUUUGUUAAGAGAGUCUCAGUCCACCAUGAGGGCGCUGAGUUUACUGUGCGUGGUCGUCGGGCUGUGGGGGUCCAGCCUCAGCAACAGAAACUGUCCCGACCUGAUCGUUGACAGCUGUCACUGCUCGGCUGAGAGGUCUAAGGAGCUGAGCAGGCAGCACGUCCGAGUCAAAGUGGUGUGUGAUGAUGUGGACUUGAUGGACACGCUGCAGCCCAGCUUCGUACCCAACAGAACGGUCUCCCUAAACCUGAGUAACAACAAGAUCUCCUUGCUGAGGAAUGGCUCCUUCUAUGGCUUGGCUGCCCUGGAAAAACUGGACCUGAAGAAUAAUUUGAUAAGCACAGUGGAGCCCGGGGCCUUCCGUGGUCUGUUGGCUCUGAGGAGACUGGACCUAUCCAACAACAGGAUUGGCUGUCUCUCCCCUGAAAUGUUUCUCGAUCUGGGCAACCUCUCAAAAUUGAAUUUAUCUGGGAACAUCUUCUCCACGCUGACCGUGGGACUUUUUACACACCUCGUGGCUCUCAGAGUGCUGCACUUCCACACUGAGACUUUAUUCUGUGACUGUCAGCUGAAGUGGCUGCUCCUCUGGGCCCGGAGCAACUCAGUGAGGAUUGGGAAUGACACAGUGUGUGUGUUCCCCACCCACCUCCACGGCCUGGAGUUUCGCAACCUACGUGAACAACAACUCAGAUGCGAUGGACCUCUGGAGAUGCCCCUCUUCCAGCUCAUCCCCUCUCAGAGACAACUGGUUUUCCGUGGAGACCGGCUCCCCCUGCAGUGCACCGCCUCCUACGUGGACCCGUCGGUGGAGCUGCGGUGGCGUCACAACGGCCACAUUGUGACCACGCAGGAAGACCGGGGCGUCUAUGUGGAGGAAACCCUGCUUCACGACUGCUGCCUGCUGACCAGCGAGGUCAUCCUCUCCAACAUCGACGUGGGCAUCGCUGGCAUCUGGGAGUGCCUGGUGACCAGUUCCCGUGGCAACACUUCUCAGCAAAUGGAGAUAGUUGUUCUGGAGACGUCGGCACCGUAUUGCCCCACUGACAGAGUCACCAACAACAAGGGGGACUUCAGGUGGCCAAAGACUCUCGCUGGGAUCCUGGCCUUCUUGCCCUGUGCUCCUGCCACAUUUGGCUCUGCCCCCCAUCCCUCUGGCAGCGCUCCUAACCCCUCCAGCCAGAGGGAGAAGAAGGCGUGGCGGCGCUGCGACCGGGCCGGACGCUGGGCCGAGGAGGACUACACCCAGUGCCCGUAUGCCAGUGAACUGACCCGCGUGCUGCAUGAGCUCACCCAGAUAUCUAUUAACACCACCAACGCUCAGCCUUUAGGCCAGCAGCUAGUGGCCUUCACCAGCAGGGCGGCGCACUUCACCGACGUCAUGGACGUCAUCUUUGUCACACACCUGGUGGAGAGACUGACGAGGCUGGUGGAGAAGCGCAGAGAUGUAAGAGUGAAUACACAGAGAUGCACCACAGCCAGUUUACACCAUAACAUGUGA